GGAGGUGUCGGGGCUCGGAGGCUGUGGUGGGCCUCGCGCUGGGCCGCGCCGAUUCUCGCCCCGCGUGGGGAACGCGAGCUUGAGCCGGACCCGGGGGCGACGCGCGGAGCGGCAGGUCCAGUCAUGGCCGACUACUGGAAGUCACAACCAAAGAAAUUCUGUGAUUACUGCAAGUGCUGGAUAGCGGACAAUAGGCCUAGUGUUGAAUUUCAUGAAAGAGGAAAGAAUCAUAAGGAAAAUGUGGCAAAGAGGAUCAGUGAGAUUAAACAGAAAAGCCUGGAUAAGGCAAAAGAAGAAGAAAAGGCAUCAAAGGAGUUUGCUGCAAUGGAGGCAGCUGCCCUGAAAGCAUACCAAGAGGAUUUGAAAAGGCUUGGCUUAGAGUCAGAAAUUUCAGAGCCAAGCAUAUCACCAAAACCUAGCACUGUCCCACCCCCCUCUGCAUCAAAUCAGCAGAAAGAAAAGAAGAAAAAGAAAAAAGACCCUUCAAAGGGCAGAUGGGUAGAAGGCAUAACUUCUGAGGGUUACCAUUAUUAUUAUGAUCUUAUCACAGGAGCAUCUCAGUGGGAGAAACCUGAAGGAUUUCAAGGAAACUUAAAAAAGACAGCAGGGAAGGCUGUUUGGGUAGAAGGUUUAAGCGAAGAUGGUUAUACCUAUUAUUAUAAUACAGAAACAGGAGAAUCCAGAUGGGAAAAACCCGAUGAUUUCAUUCCAUACUCUGGCGAUCUGCUUUCUAGUAAAGUCAGUGAAAAAUCACUUGGAACCAUAGAGGAGUCCAAAUCAUCAGAGUCACAUAGUGAUUCUGAUGGGGAACAGGAAGCACAAAAAGUAGAAGUCUCUGCAGACACACCAAAGCUAAAAAUAAAGUUCAAGGAAAAAAAUAAAAACAGUGAUAAAGGAACUGAACCAGAAAAACAGAAAGAAAAAAAUAGCCAAGAGCAGAAUUCAUCAGGUUCAAAGGAAGAAAAAUUCAAAGCUCAUAAAAAAUCAAACCCAUAUGGAGAAUGGCAAGAAAUUAAACAAGAAGUUGAGUCUCAUGAAGAGGUAGAUUUAGAACUUCCAAGCACUGAAAAUGAAUGUGUAUCAACUUCAGAAGCUGAUGUUGGUGGGGAACCCAAAGUGGUUUUUAAGGAAAAAACAGUCACUUCUCUUGGAGUCAUGGCAGAUGGAGUGGCCCCAGUAUUCAAAAAGAGAAGAAUUGAAAAUGGAAAAUCUAGAAAUUUGAGACAACGAGGCGAUGAUCAAUAAUUGGAAAAGAGCAUUUUGAACAUUCUUAAAAGCUUCUCUGUGUUAUUUCUAAAUACUUUAAUGCUAAAAAUUUAGAUUUAUUCUAAAUGUAUUUUAUGUGAAUUUAAAAUAAAUCUUUUUUCAUGUGAAAUUUAUUUUUGUUCCUAAAAUGGAAGCCUACCACAUUGCAUUGUAUUACAGUGUAUUAUGUUCAGUGUCUAAAAAAUGCUAAUUGUCAUAAGAUGCUAUGUAUCUGUUUUUUAAAACCUGGAAAAGCAAGACCUUUAUUCCAUUCUUACUCAUAUGAACAUUCUUAUCCUGCACUAAAAAUGCAUUACUUUCAUACACUGAUAUUAACUGUUAUCCAAGAAGUAAGAAUCAGACCACAUAAGAGAAGAUUCACAGCCCACUGACAGAUUCAGUUCUUAGAAUCCUGUCAAAGGCUAAUGUAGGAAGUAUAUGCAUAUUGGCUUAUGUCACUCAAUUUAAGGUCAAGGACCAAAAACAAGGACAGCAGCUCAGGUAGAGUGCAAAUGGGACCGGGGGCACAAAUGACUGUUUGCCCAGUUUAGUUCAAGGCAACAACCGUUGCUUAAGCACUUUCACUUUGAGCUAGGUAUUGAUGUUAGGAACUGGGAAUAUGAAAGCAAGGCAUAUCCCUAUUCACAACUUCACAUUCUUCCGUAGUCAUUUCCCCCCAGUCAUGCACUCUGUUUAGCAGCCUUAUUUAUAUAUACUGGAAAAUCUUUUUUAAGGUUUAUUUAAAACUCUGUAGAUGAAGGCUUGAACAAAAAUAGUAAGGUCUCAGGCUUCAGUAAAAGUUUUUAGUGUUCCCUUCCUUACACAAAUUAGAAAUUUGUUUUCUGGUUAAAUUUCUUAAAUUUAUUUUAAGUAUUCUUAAAAAAGUGGACCAUUCUUAUUUAAUCAAUUUGAAGUAGAUACUUUCUCUUUAUUACUCCAAAUUCUUAAAAUUCUAUUUUUUAUAAAUUGUACAGUAUUUAACGUUUGUAGUAAAUAUUUGUCUUUUUAAGGUUACUUGUGUACAUGUAAGAAAAUGAUAGCUUAUUAAAAACUUUAUGAAAGAGUAAAUUAAAA